UACUGGACUGGACUAGACUAUGGUGUUCUGUCUGUCUCUCUCUGAUCUUGGACCCCCCCGGCACCUAACGACGGAAGCUUUUUGCUUUUUUUCGCUGUCCCGGGUCCUCGCAGAGAUCUGGCGAUCCAUCUAUCCCCCAACCUCUUCUCUUCUCCGAUUCACCGGUCAUCAACCGACCCCGCACGCUCCAGCAUUGCCGUGCCCCAGCUCGCCGCCGCCGCGAGCCGAGACUAGAUGGGGUCGUUUAACGGCCACGUUCUGCCAGGGACGCUGUUCCUGGCGGUGGGCCUGUGGCGGGUGUGGUCCGCCGUCGCGCGCUUCGCCGCCGACCCGCCGGCGUUCCGCGUCCGCGCGUGGUGCCCCCUCGAGCUCCCCGGGGCGCCCCGCCUCCUGGAGCUCUACGUGGUGGCCGGCGGCACGUUCCUCGACAUGUGCCUGGAGCUCGGCGGCGGCGUCCUGGCCGGCCGCGGCGCUGGGGUCGCCCCGGAGUCCAGCCUCAUCUACCUCGAGCACGCCGGCAUGCUCCUCAUGUUCUUCCUCUUCGGCGCGCUCGCCCUCCUCUCCCAGAAGCGCAGCAGGUACCUGCCCCUGACCGACGGCGAGCUGUGCCUGGUGGCGGCGGCAGCGUUCACAUCGGAAUUCCUGCUCUUCUCCUACCACUCGGCCACCCACGCAGGGCUGGAGGGGUACUACCACCACCUCCUCGUCAUCCUCAUCGGCCUCUGCAUCCUCGCCGCCGUCCUUGGCGCGCUCUUGCCGGCGAGCUUCCCCGUCGACGUCGCUGCCGGCAUGCUCAUGGCGCUGCAGGGGCUGUGGUUCUACCAGACGGCGCUCACGCUGUACGGCCCCAUGCUCCCGGCCGGGUGCGACCGAGAUGCCAGCGGCCACCAAGUCGACUGCCACAGCCGCGCCGCAGGGGAACGCGCCGAGCAGCUGGCUAACUUCCAGCUGUUCGGGGCUGUGUUCCUCGCCUUUGUCUACGUGCUUGGGUGCUAUGCCGUCGCCGCGGCCAUGUACGGGCACCCUGACCUGGCGGCCAUGCAUGACGAGCACGUCGCCGCCCUGGAGUGCCGCGGCGGCGGUGACGCCUCCUGCGCCGAGGAGUGCGUGGUCUAGUGGCGUCCGAUUAGUACAUAUCUGUAGCUCUGUUCUUGCCUAGCAAGUGCAAAACAUUAUGAUGUGAUAUGUUGGUUGUUAGUAGUGCUGUUUCAAUUGUGAGCGACGUUUGAAAUGAAACUUUGCAAAUUGAGAAAAGUUUCAGAUGGAAAAUACUAGCUGGAUCAAAAGUUUUGCCA